CAUAUGUAAUGAAUUAUGAAGCUGAUUGUUGCUGCACUUGGCCCAUACAGACUGUAUAUAAAGAGGUUUGGGAGCUACAUAUCAACGGUUUGGCCUCGGUUGAAAUCAUGUUUUUUAUUUUGUUAGCUAAAAUCAUCUGUUCGACACAUAACCGGAAAUGACGCCAAAUGUUUGCGGUCGGAUCUUAGGUCAUUAGGUGGUUAGGUUGCUGAGAAGCUACUUUAGCUAGCUAUGCGUUAGUCUUCUUUCACCUGCCCAACAUUUAUAAACGUAGAAUUUCCACUAUAGCUGUUAUGUUUUGACCAAAACUUCCUAAUCCUACAUUAGGUCAUUUUUUUUAAGACGACGGAGCAGCCAGCGAGCCACCGACUGUAGGGAGAAUGUCGAGACGUCUGGCCUUCCAGACUCAGCUGGCCUCCAUCAUGGAGGUCCUGGCUAAUGCAGCAGUGGCGGAGAUCUGUAAGCUGGUAGACGACGACUAUGCCGUGGUGAGUUUACAGAUGUCCCAGUGCCAGAGAGAGAACAAAGCCCUAAAGAGGAAGCUGCAUUUGCUGGAGCUGAAGAUGGCCCGGGGAAACGCCGAGAGGAGGCUCCGGGAGAGCGCCAUGAACAGCAGCCGAUCCAGGGUGCAGAUAAACACCACCGGUGGUGUGUUUGAGCGACGGAUGGAUUUGGUUCUGUGGUCUGGUAGAGCUGCUGCAGAGGAUACAAGCAGCGAGCCGAUUCAUUUUGACAGUGUCCAGAGUAAGUCUCCAGACGUGGAGCUGGUGGAGCCAGAGCCGGUGCUAGUAAAGGAGGAGAGGGUGGAGCCAAACAUGUCAAGAGUUGAAGAAAGAGAGGAAAACGUGCCGCUUAUCAGAGAUGAUGGAGUGUUGGAGUGUGUCCCUUGUGCACCUGUGAGACCCAGCCUUGACCAGCAGGACAACAAGUCCACUUCCUGUCAGACCUGGUCCCAGACCCAGAGCAGCAGGACAAGGCAUGCCGGCAGCAGCAGAGGAGUGGAGAAGGAGGAGGAGCCGGAUGUGGUGCUGGUGAAGGUAGAGGAGGUGGAGCCGGUGACGGGGACUCAGAACCAUACAGGCCUCAGCAUACAAGAGGAGGCUAGAGCUGACAGAGGAGGGUUGGUGGAGUCGAGCACCGACGACUGUAGAGCAGUUCUGCCGUUUGAUGAAAUCCCAGAAACCUCCACCAAUCGUCUGUCUGACCUGCAGGAGUCUGGGCGGGGCUUCUCAGAGUCUGCAGCACCUCAGCCGACGCCUGUGAUAUCGCAAGAGCCCAGCAGUAUGAUGGCAGUCCAGCUGAGGGUCCCAGACACCAACAAACCCGCCAACCCAAAAACACAUCAGCAGCAGAGAUCCAGCAACAACAAUCCUCUCAGCUCUGAAUACUCUCUGUUUGAACUUGAGACAUUCUUCACCCGCUGGGCCCCUGAUAGUGACUCGGCCGGUAGUGGCCCUUCAUGUCCUUUUACCACUGAUGACCCAGCAGAGAAUGACCAGGAUGAUGUUAUUAUUGAAGGGCAGAGUUUCUCCUCUGUUCAGAUCCAGCCGUCUGUGUCACAAGGCCUGUCAGCAGAGCCUUCUGUGUCCAUACCUCUGAGGAUGCAGGCUCCAUCCUCCCAGCCUUCAUGGAGCAGAAAACCAGUCAUGAUCAGAAGUGCACAGGCUCAGCUGCUGCAGCAGCAUCCUGAUAGCAACAGGGUCUCUCAGCAACAACACAGCAUUCCCUCUGCACAGACAGCACUGUCCUCCACCACAGCUGCUGUCAGUCACACUCACAGUGGUGAUAAAACAACUACCUCUGGUAUCAGCUCAAACAGUAGGACUAUGAGCUCCAGAUCUGUCAGGGGAUCCACAGCAGCGUUGGCCAGCAUUGAGGUAGCAAUUGCUGCGCAGCAUCGAGCCAACCUCUUGGCUCGCCACAAUAAAAGCCAGGCUGCCACCAUGGUGCCCUGCGAGCGCCGCAGGAAGAGCUACGUAUGCCGAGCCUGUGGUAAAGCUUUCUCUGGUCUGUCUAAUCUGGAGGCCCAUGAAAGAGUCCACACGGGGGAGAAACCUUUCCACUGUGACACCUGCGGUAAACGCUUCUCAGAGGCCGGGAACCUGAAGAAGCAUCAGAGAGUUCACACCGGGGAGAAACCUUUCAGCUGUGAAAAGUGUGGGAAGAGGUUCGCCUGGAUCUGCAACCUGAGGACGCACCAGCAAUCUGCCACAGGCUGCGGACCACAGGCUAGUGGGGGGCUAGGACUGGGCUGCUAAUGCCAGCUGUGUUUUAAUUACACCAGGGGUUGAUGCAUAGACAGCGUAAGGUUCAAACCAGAAGAAAAGAUCCGUUGAUUCGCUGCAGGGUUGUGCAGCAGUGGGAGUGUCGCUCAAAUGGCAUUUGUGUGAUGUCCCGUUGUGUUCUUCAACACCCCAUUGUAGCACACAUAGGCUUUUUAUUUAACCAUUUUUGUUUUUCCGUCAGAUUGUUUAUAGAUCUCGACAUUUCCUGGCACACUUGAAGGCAGCUUCAUUUUACAGAGAAAAAGAUCGGAGAGACGGAGGAACUGUGUUUUUUGCUGGAGCUUGUUGCAGGAAGCAGUCAGCUGUAACACAUCUCCUGGGCAGUUCAGUGCUUGUGUUUAGUUUAGUUGUUUUUUUAACCCUCAUAAGUGUUGUAAAACUUUCUUGUGGCAGCGAAAGAGGCAGUGAUGUUUCCUGUGAUGUAUUUCACACAGCCUCAAAACAGACCGAGCGUGCACUCACACUGACGGCGCGGCAAAAACGCAGGUCUUACCAUUCAUUUUGAAUGGGGGUAAUGUGUUUAGGUCUGCGGCGCUGGGGGCUCACAAAAAAGUUGAGACGGAUUCAACUUUUGGUGCAACCCGACGUGACGCUGCGGUGGCCAAUCAUGUAACCGAUCACACUUAUCGUUGGGUUUUGAGGCGGUGUGAGAGUCCCGUACAGUAAAGAGGAAACAUCCCUGCUUCUAUCGCUGCCACAAGAACGUUUUAAAACACUUAUAAGGAUGAAAACAAAACGCAACCACUGGAGUUGUGUAACAGCUGACUGUCUUCUGCAACAACUAAGCACAGUCGCUUCGUCUCUUUACUUUCUCUGUCUCAGAGAUUUUUAUUUGAUUGUUUUUGUUUUACUUAAAAGGGACAAUGCACAUCAAUUGACAAUUUUAGUUUACACUCAAAAUGUAAAUGUGCCAGAGUUAGCAAAAAAGAAAAUUUUCAUCUGUAGUCCCUUGGCAGGUCAACACAUCAUCAUAUUACAUUAAUAAAAAAGAAUGCAAGAAAGAUAGAAAGCAAAUUAAGAAAGAAGAGAAAAGAGAGAGGAACAAAAAAGAAGUAUAAUACAAAGAAGGGCAGUAUCUAGGAUGAGGUAAACCAGCUAUUGAUGAUUGCAGUUUUGAUUGUUUUUAAUCCAUCUUUUGAGUGUGGUUUUAAAUGAUAGAUAGCUGGUGCUUUCUCUGAGUUCAAUAGGAAGGCAGUUCCAAUAAUUUGAGGCCCGUACUGAGAAGACUGUUUGUCCAAACUUACUAUGUCUAUACUGUACAACACAGUCUCCCCUGGUGGAAAUGAGGCAGGCAUCUAAAAAACUGUCAAAAUUAAAUAGGUUGUAUUUAGUACUGAUAUGGCAGUGGUGACAGCUGAUAGGUUUUUGAUCUAGCGUUUUUAAAGUUUGCUUAUAAAGGGUUUCUAUUGGUUUAAGAGUUGUCAUGUUUGCUUGGGACCAGCUUGUGAAACAGUAUGAUAUGUGGGAAAAGAUCAUGGCAUGCAUAAAAAGUUUGGCUGCCUCUGUGGUUAGAUAUGGCCUUAUGUGUCUAAAGUUAGCCAGAUUAUAUCUGAUGGUGUUAGCCACCUUUUUAACAUGCUUUUAAAAACUGUAAUUAGAGUCUAAAAUGAUACCAAGGUAUUUAAAAUCAGACACAACCAUAUGUUUUUCUCCUUCAAUAAAGACAUCAGCCUGC